AUGAAGAAGAAGGGGGACGAACGCGAUAUAAACAGGCGUCGAAAUCAUGUGUCGAACCUCCAGGAUGGACCGGAGUGGACAAAACGUCGCACUUUGCCACCGGCGAACAAAACCUGGCCUACAUGCCUUAUCAUCGCCCCAACAUCUGUUGUGCCAAACUGGGAGCGUGAGUUUCAGACGUGGGGUUACUUUGAAGUCGGGUCUUAUACAGGUUCGAAGAAAGAGCGGGACGAUGUUUUGACUGACUUCAAAAUGGGCCGCCUCGACGUUGUGCUCACUACGUUUGACCUUGCACGCCGGGACAUCGCACAAUUGGACGACCUCGCUUGGUCUGCUGUCUUCGUCGAUGAGGCGCAUAGAGUAAAGAAUCCAAAGUCGAAGAUCACCUUGGCAUACAAUCAAUUUACAUGUCUUUGCCGCUUUGGUCUGACAGGCACAACCAUUCAAAAUAGUUACAUGGAAGCAUGGACGAUACUCGACUGGACCAACCCUGGCCGGCUUGGAACGAGCAAGCAGUGGAAAGGUUAUGUUGUGAAGCCAUUGACAAUAGGUCAAUCUACUAGUGCGACUGAAGAGGAGAGGACAAAGUCUUUGACAGUCGCUGUUAUUGUCAGAGACAAAGUACUACCCCAGUUCUUCAAAAGGAGAACGAAGGACAUUAUUAAGGAUCAAUUACCCACGAAAACCGACGAAGUGGUCUUUUGCCCGCUUACGCCUAUACAGGUUGCUGUGUACAGACGCAUUCUAAACAUGCAUCCCGUACAGAAUCUCGUUAGAAAAGACGAAAAUUGCGAUUGCGGAUCCGAAGAAAAACGUAAAGACUGCUGUCACCCUAUUGAGAAGGGAGGCGUCCUCAAGUACAUGUCAAUACUCAUCAAGAUCUCGAAUCAUUUAGCUUUAAUACUUCCAGCCCCAAACGAUAGCCCAGAGCAAACUCUACGAAAUCGGGAGCUCGCUGAAGUGGCCUUUCCAGGCCAACCUAUACCGAAGUAUGGGACAGCCAUGCUACUGCCUCAGUACUGCGGGAAGUGGGUUGUACUCGACACCCUACUAAAAGAAUGGAGAAAAGACCGCACGAACAAAGUCCUUAUAUUUACUAAAUCCGUCAAGCUUAUCGAUAUGUUGGAGUUUCAUCUCAACACCAAUAGUUAUGGCUUCCUCAAACUAGAUGGAUCCACGAAGCAGAGUGAUAGGAUGCCUAUGAUAGAUAGAUUUCACCAGGACUCGGAUAUCUUCAUAUUUCUCAUCUCCACUCUCGCUGGAGCAACCGGUCUUAACUUGACUGGAGCGAAUAAAGUGGUCAUUUUCGAUCCCAACUGGAAUCCCGCCCAUGAUCUGCAAGCUAUGGACAGAGCAUAUCGCUUUGGGCAGACGCGCGACGUUUUUGUUUACCGCCUGCUCGGAGCCGGGUCAAUCGAAGAGUUGAUAUAUGCAAGGCAGUUGUACAAACAACAACAGAUGGCCAUUGGGUAUCAGGCAAGCGUGCAAACAAGGUAUUUCUCCGGCGUUCAAGGGGACACGUCCAGACAAGGAGAAUUGUUUGGAAUCAAGAACAUUUUCAAGCUGCACGAGGAUACUCUGGCAACCAAGAUGGCUAUCGAAAAAGCAACGAUCAUGGAGCUUGACUGGGCUCUUGCUCAUCUCAACUCCUCGAAGUCAAAGAAACCAGCAAAAUCCAAGGCCGAUGACUGGGUGUAUGAGGCCGAUUCCAAGGGCGGAAAGGAAGACGCCGACUUACGGGGGCUGAGUGCUCUUCUUUUCGAUGAUGAACCGCCGGAGGUCACAGACGAUAAUGACAUCCACAAGACACUCAGCGCAAUAGGCGUUAAGUACAGCCACCGCAAUGACGACGUGUUAUUACCAAGUCGCAUAGAAGAAGAACGCUCUCGGACCGCACUUAAGGCGAAGAAGAAAAGAGCAGCUGCGAAGAAACUGAAAUCAGAGCGAAAUCAAAGCACCCCUCAGCAAUCGAAAACACCUGAACCACAGUGGCCACCUCAACGGAAGCACCAUAAAGCACCUCUGUCUCCGCAGUCUAAAUUGGUCUCCCGACAAAUGGCGCUGAUUGAACUAGGCAUGAUCAACAGUCCAGCCGACCUACCUUUUUUCGCGCAGUCUUUUUCUCGUAAGUCAAGCGAAGAGCAGAAUGAGAUACUUGGGAGGCUGGACAAACAUGUCCACAGUCGUUCUUGA